CACGAGAACUUGCCUCCUGCCUCCAUUGCCCGGUGUCCCCUCCCUUCGUUCCUGCUUUCGUGUACUCCCCAGGGCACGGCCCUCCCCUUCUACUAAUUGCCCGACCCCUCAUAUAUGUUCGCUCCUCGUCGCGAACAACGAGCGUAGCCGACAUGACGACUCUCUUCCGCCGCCGCUUCCAGACCGUCCUCCUCCCCGCCGCGCUCCUCACCCUCGCGCUCAUCUACCUCAUCAGCGCGAACCAGUACCAGAUCCGGAAUACGCUCUCGUAUGCGACGCGCCCGCUGUGGGACACGGCGGACGGGCCCAAGCACAUCAUACCGCACUACUACGCCGAGGGCCUCGGGUUCAACGAGCAUACGUGCUCCCUGCACGGCUGGCCGGAGCGCGAGCAGAAUGAGCGGAACGCCCUCAAGGUGAUCGACGCGGUGCUUAUGAGCAGCGAGCUCGAUCUGCUGGAGGUCCGCCUGAACGAGCUGGAUCCGGUCGUGGACCGGUUCUUCAUAUUGGAGUCGAAUGCGACGUUCACGGGCCUGCCUAAGGAGACGUACUUUGGGAAGAACAGGGAGCGGUUCGCGAAGUUCAAGAACAAGAUCGAGUACCACUUGAUCCCCGGCUACCCUCUAGCAGAGGGACAGUCUGCAUUCGAUGUUGAGGCGCACACACGCAACUACAUGACGCGCCUCAUUCGCGGGCACCUCACUGAAUUCCCCCCACAUGUCCGCACUCUCGUGCUCAUGUCCGACGUCGACGAAAUCCCUUCGAAGCACUCAGUCGAGCUGCUCAAGGCCUGCAACUUCGGCGACUCCGUCCACCUCCAGAUGCGCAACUACGUGUACAGCUUCGAGUGGUUCGUCGGCUUCAACUCCUGGCGACCGCAAGCGCACAUGUGGAACAAGCAGUCCUACUACCGCCACUCCAUGAGCUCCGACUACGCGCUCGCCGACGCCGGCUGGCACUGCUCCUACUGCUUCCGCACCAUACCCGAGUACUCGAUCAAGAUGCAGGGCUUCUCGCACCACGACCGCAUCGGCGGGCGCAAGGACCUCCUCGACCCGGCGCGGAUACAGAAGACGAUAUGCCAGGGGAAGGAUAUCUUUGGGAUGUUGCCCGAGGCGUAUAAUUACGUCGACCUGCUAGCGCAGCUGCAUUUGGAGCCGCAGACGACGGCGGUCCACCUGCCGCGGUUCGUCCUGGAGGAGGCGGACAAGUAUCGCUUCCUGCUACCAGGCGGCUGCAUGCGGGAGGACACCAUAACUGUCACGGACUCUCGCACUGGCCUGACGAAGGAAUACGCGCUGGAGGAUGACAUGCAAGUGAGAUAGCCGGCGGGUUGGGAGGAUCCCGCGCGUGCUACACUCGCACGUCGCGGGUGCUGUUUCCGCACACCAUGGAUGGUACAUGUGCUCACGGCGAGGUACUUUGGAGUCGUAGCAUGCAUCUGACUGAUCCGACGCAUGUAUGCUGGGACUACAUGUCCUAUUUUCGCUUGUUUGAUAGGCAGCAGGCUAUCCGUCUGUGGACAGCAUGAGCAAUCUUGCAGAUUUAUGGCGGUUGCGCCAUCUUGUAUCGCUAACUUAUAUCAUUCUGCUAUUCUUUGCUGUACAUACACAUGGACUGUUCAAUUCGGAAAUGUGCAUGAGGCCUGGUUCGUCUUGCGCAAACAAUACCAAACACAUUUGCGCCACCC